AGAAGAUCAGUCAAUGGCAGCUUCUGAGAGCAAGGGAGGCAUAGGGGCUCAUGCAGCCGCCUCAGCAGAUGAAACCUCAGAUUUUCUCAAAUGUCCUGUGUGCAAACGGGAGUACACAGAUCCUGUCAUCCUUCCGUGUUUACACACAUACUGCAGGCACUGUCUGGCUUCUACUCUCCCACAAGGAGAUUUGGGUCGGGCACUGCCAUUCAAGUGCAGUGUGUGUAAACACGAGGUUAUAAUGCCCGCUGAUAAGGUGGAGGAAGGAUUCAAGAGAAACUAUUAUGUGGAAGGUGUACUGAACAACAAAUCCCCUGCUUCGGGACAGAGAAAGUGUGUAGUUUGUGAAAUAGUGAAAAAGGGAGGGGAGGUGAAUGAUGCCUCUUCAAAAUGUAUCAGUUGCCAGGAUUACUUGUGUUCCCAAUGUGCAGUUUACCACUGCGCUACAAAGCUAACAAGAGAUCACAAAAUCCUCACAUUUCAGCAGCUAGGGUUGGCAGAGUACCAAAAAGAGAUCCAAGCAAACCAGGCCAUCCCAUGUGCUACUCACACGGACCAGUUGCUGAAGUAUUACUGCCUGCCUUGCCAGACACCAAUCUGUCGGGACUGCAAGGCACUGGACCAUGAUGACCACAAAUCUCUCUCACUUCCCGCAGCUUUUGAAGUAAUCAAACCCAAACUGCUUCACAAAGUGGAGGAUUUAGAGAGAAGACAUGACAAUGAGAAUGAAAAAGUCGCGAGGCUGACUGAAAUGGCGGCAGAGCUUGAGGAGAGUAAAAAGAAAAUCCAGGCUAUUAUACACCAGAGGGCAGAGGGUCUCAGGAAAAUCGUGUUAUUUAGAGAAAAUCAACUUCUAGAAGAAAUUGAUAAUGAGGCCUGCAAACAACAGGCAAUAUUGGCUGCGUCACGUGACCAUCACCAUGGCAACCAUACUUUGCUUGCAGAUGUGCUGCAGAUCAUUAAAAAUAUUCUCCAGCAAGGUUCCCCCCUGGAAGUGCUCCUUUUAAAACCUGAGCUCAGUCAACGACUGGACAAUCUCCAAGACACAUCCUUUGAUGACAGCCUCCCGAAUCAACCACAAUUCAAACUUAAAACAAGUCAGGAAUUUGAGACCAACCUAAAAACAGGAAUGGCCUUUGGGAAGGUGGAAAUCGAUUGGGAAGAGGUUCAAGUUCCCAUGCAGCCUCCACCUUCACCAAAACUGCAAGCCAAAGCAGAGUGCAUCUUAGAGUUUGAUUCUGGAUGUAAUUUCCAGACUGGUAUCUCGGUCAGCCCAGAUAACGAGUACGUGAUCGUGAAUGAAAACCCAGGGAAACUGUGCAUCUUCACCUCACAAGGGAAGCUGAAGAAAGAAAUCGUUGACAUUUCCGGGACCCCACUGAAGAAUCCCAUUGGCAUCUGCCAUCUUCCCAAUGGCACCACAGUUGUCACUGACAUCGGCAACAAUGCUGUCAUGUCGCUGACGUCACAAUGGGAACAACAACAGUCCCUGGACAUUCAUUCCCCUCAGGGUGUUGCACUGAACUUGAACAACCACAUUGCCAUAGCGCAACAUGCAGAGAAAUGCAUCAGUAUUUUCAGUGUUGACACGGAAGGCCUUCUGACCAAAACGGCCACCAUUAAGGAAAACAAGAGCAGGGAGAUAUUUGCUGGGCCCUAUUCAGUGGCGUAUAUGUCCACUGGUGAUCUAGUGGUCGGAGAUUUGUCUCAGAUUCAGGUCCACAUCCUGAGUUACGCAGGUGAGCCAAAGCACGCCUACACAGUGCUGGGUCCUGACAACAACAAGGGCCAGCCAUACGGUGUCUGUGCAGACAGGUACAACAAUAUCUUUGUAGCAGACCAUAAUAAUCACUGCAUUCAUGUUGUAUCAGCGGAGGGAAAUUUUGUCAAGUAUUUGGUGACCAGAGAUGAUGAUCUGCGGCACCCUUGGGCGUUGGCCAUCAACCAUGAUGGCGAUUUGGUAGUUACGCAAGAAGAAGGGAAGGUUAAAGUUUUCAGAUAUCUUGAGAAAUAGAAACUAGACUUCAAAGGUG